AUGGUUGGAGUGGAGAGAAUUGUAAAGAUUAGCAGCUCUGAUGUGAAAACACUUCUUGUAAAUGAUAGGAUGGUUAUUGGAGGGGGAAGAGAGGGAAAGAUAAGAGUGUAUGGCCAUGAUUUUAGCAGGAAUAUGGGGAUUGAGCCUGGACAAGGAUACAUCAACUGCAUCGCAAUUGGAAAUGGGCUCCUGUUUGUCGGGUGUCAGAAUGGAAGCAUAGUUGUGUAUUCUGUAGAUGAGUGCCAAUUUCAAAUCGAAAGUAAAGAAGAAAUGUCGAAAACCAUGCCUGUUGGAUUCUUAAAAGGACAUUCCUCCAAUGUAUGCUGCUUAGAUACUAUAGGGGAUCUUGUUGUUUCCAGCUCGUGGGAUUGCACAGUAAUUAUUUGGGAGCCGGGGCAAAUGAAUAACGACAAGAAUGGAUUAGUGCAGAGGAUUCCACACCCCACAGUUGUGUGGAGUGUCAAAUUUAUCGACAAAAAUACUAUUGUGACGGGAUGUAGCGAUAAAUUGAUCAGGAUUUUUAAGGAUGGUGUUUUGACGAGCACAUUUAACUAUCAUCUUUCAUAUGUCAGAAGUGUGACGGUUUUAGACAAAAGCAUCUUUUCUGUUGAUAACGAAGGUAUAGUUCUCAAGACGUCAUUGGAUGGAAGGGUUAUGAAGCAUUAUUCGACAAAAAACUUUAUGUAUAGUAUAUCCUCUUAUACAAGGGAUGGUAAAAGCCUAGUUAUAUGCACUGGAGAGAAUGGAAUGGUUAUGGUGUUUGAUGAAAACCUCAGACCAAUUCAGAAUAUAUCUAUACCUACAACAUCAUGCUGGGCAGCCUUUGGAUGGGAAGAUAAGAUAUAUUUUGGAGGAAGCGAUGGAAGGCUAUAUGUGUACUCCUCAAAUCCUUCAGAUGAAGCGAAGAAGGCUAUUGAGGAAAUAAGAAAUUCACGAGGAUCGUCAUUGAAGGAUGGAGAGUUUGUAUCUGACGGACAAAAGUUCAAGAUUAUCAGCGGGGAUGUGUAUCAAGAAAUGAAUGGAGAGUGGAUCCUUCUUGGUAAAGGAGAAGAGGCCAAGUCUUAUGAUAACACAUUCCAGGUUGAGCUUGAAAACAAAUACUACACUCUUUCAUUCAACAAUGAUGAAAAUGUCUAUGAAGUUGCAGAGAAGUUUCUAAGGAAGAACAAACUUCGGGAUGAGUUCAGAGAUGACAUUGUUGACUUUAUCAAUAAGAAUUUCGUUUCUGCUAAGGAAUUCAGAAUACAUUCAAAAAUCAAUGCAGAAGGAGUUAGGGCCAUGCUAAAUAAGGUUAAGGACGAGCAUCAGUAUGUAUAUUCAUAUAUUUUUGAUAAUCUUGAGGACCCAAAUGUUGACGACAAUGACAAGGUUGAAGAGGAAAUAAGAAUGCUAAUCAACAAUGGGCCUAUAUUUAUGGCAUUGGACUUGAUAAGAUACUUUAUGGCACACAAGUACACCUUCGAUCUGUCCUUUCUAUUCACAUUUACUCCUCGGGACAAAAAGGAGGCUAUUACGUUUGUAAGGCUUCUUAGCAACUUAUUCGCCGAUCCUCCCUUUAAUCUAGAGAUACUCCAUCCUCGUGUUUUGGAACUAAAGGACCGUGGAAUUGUUGACGGAGAAACUCUGGAUGAUUACUUUGUUAACAAAAGCUUAAGGAGUGGAGCAUGA